CUCCUCCUCCUCCUCGCCUUCCUCCGGCUCAGCCGCCGCGCCGCCGGGCUGCUCCUGCUUCCUCCUCGGGCGCCCGCGGCGAUGUUCAACCGCGCCGUGAGCCGGCUGAGCAGGAAGCGGCCGCCGUCAGACAUCCAUGACAGCGAUGGCAGUUCCAGCAGCAGCCACCAGAGCCUCAAGAGCACAGCCAAAUGGGCGGCAUCCCUGGAGAAUCUGCUGGAAGACCCAGAAGGCGUGAAAAGAUUUAGGGAAUUUUUAAAAAAGGAAUUCAGUGAAGAAAAUGUUUUGUUUUGGCUAGCAUGCGAAGAUUUUAAGAAAAUGCAAGAUAAGACGCAGAUGCAGGAAAAGGCAAAGGAGAUCUACAUGACCUUUCUGUCCAGCAAGGCCUCAUCACAGGUCAACGUGGAGGGGCAGUCUCGGCUCAACGAGAAGAUCCUGGAAGAACCGCACCCUCUGAUGUUCCAGAAGCUCCAGGACCAGAUCUUUAAUCUCAUGAAGUACGACAGCUACAGCCGCUUCUUAAAGUCUGACUUGUUUUUAAAACACAAGCGAACCGAGGAAGAGGAAGAAGAUUCGCCUGAUGCUCAAACUGCAGCUAAAAGAGCUUCCAGAAUUUAUAACACAUGAGCCCCCAAAAUGCCGGGACUGGCAGCUUUAAGAAGCAACGGAAUUUCCUCUCAGGACCGUGCGGGGUUUAUCAUUGCUUUGUUAUUUGUAAGGACUGAAAUGUACAAAGCCCUUCAAUGGGAUGUGUGUUUUAUUAACUGCUUCACCAGUAAAUUUUGCAUGAUGGCUAAGCUAACAUAAAAAAAGAAUAGUAAUAACUUGGAAGUUUUAGUUCACAAAACAGAGAUUCCUUCAACACUGGA